AUGGCCUCUCGUUGCUCCUCUCCCGCUCCCGACGCCGUACCGACGCCCGCCCUGGGCCCUCGAUCAGCCAUGUCCCGCUGUUUUUCGACCGGGUCGACACUUUCGCAUGCAUCGCAAACCACCGACGAUACCUUCCGAGGGUCCCUCAUCAGCGAUGUCUCGGCUUCUUCGGCAUCCUCGCGUCGUUCGGAUCUGAGUGAUCGCCCGCGGCCGCGAGACUCUAUGUUGACAGUUGACGGUUCCACUCCCGUUAGGAGAAGCUCCAGCAGGCGCCGCGGCUUCAUGCGGCCCCAAGGCACUGAUUUUGCCCCCAGCGCUCGCGCCCGAGAGAGCGUACUGAGCCUCGGCAGCAUCGCCCAUCUACAGUACUACUUCGCCCGCACUGGUCUCCUCGACGGCAAGGGUGGCCGUUUUGCUCGCCGCAAUGUCAAGUGUCAGACUCUCGAUUUAUCCUCCCUCGACCCCUCCGCCUACUCAAAUCCUAAGGCCCCCGGCAGCGACCAUGAUUCGAGCUAUGCAUCCAUGGGUAGCAGUCCCGAGCUGACUGCCCAGACCUGCUUCACUAGUGUCACGGGCAAUUCCAUGCUCGAAUCACCCGUUGACGAACACAAGUCUGACGAUGAAGAGUACUUCUCGGACGAUUUCGAGGACGAAGGGUUUAUGAUGCUUCCGCCGACCGUCAGCACGUACAACCAUCGCGAGAAGCACAUUCCCAAGCCGCCCUCCGUCGCCGAACUACGUGCUGACCUGACAACCAACCUCGACCUCGCUGAGAAGACCCUCCACGAAGCACGGGAUGCUCGCGCUCCAGAAGGCCUGCAGAUCCGAAUCGAGAAGGUUGACUUGCCAACAGAUCAGCAGGAUGGUUCUUCAUCGCGUCGGCCGUCAUUAGUUGGUCCUGCGGGAUGGUACGAGCUGCAGGGUGUGAACAUUUUGGAUGCCAUGACAAUGGCCAUUCGCUCCGCAAAGAUCUACUACACUCAACAUGACCGGCCUGACCGGUUGGAUGCUAUCAAAAGCGAGAAGCAGUUGCGCAGCGAGCUUAUCUCUGUGAUGGAUGUUCUCAAGCGCAUGGCUGCUCGCAAUUUUGCCGGCGGUAUGCGUUCAGACGAGUUUGACACAAUGAUGUCCUGGGUUGUGAGCGUACGCGACAUGUUGCUCUCGGACGAGGCCCUCGAGGCUGAGGAAAUCGCUGACCGUGCCACUUGGGCGGAAUGGGUCUACCCAGACGGCUGGGAAGGCCGUGAAUUUGAGCGUGAAGAGGCCUUUCUUCGCAGCAUGCUCAAGGGCUCAGAUAUCCGGCGCCAGCAGAAGCACUUGGCCCAACAGCAGCAACAUCACUUUCGCAACGACCCUCCUCCUUCGCCUUCCAUGCCUGUGCCGGCACCACUUACAGAUGAGGGGCUCCCCCCAUUGCCGGCUUGGACACCCAUCGAUCGGACUCGCCCCCUAAGCGAGCAGACGCUGCCAACCCCUUUCCUAGCUGCGCUGUCUAACGGUCAGCGCCUAGUGCAGUUGCACAACUGCGCUGUGCGCAAGUCACGCCGUCGGUUUGGUGCUAUUCCGGCCUUCUACGCCAACACUUCGAAGCCUUACCGCGCCGCUGACAACCUGCGCUGGUGGAUGAAGGCUGCUGAGCUGCGCUGGGAAGUUGUGCUCAAGGCAGACGCUUUGGGGCUGCAAUAUUGGCAGCCACCCAAUAAACGUAAUGAUAAUCCUAAUGCUAAUAACGCUCCUGGAACUAUCAGCCCAGGACCAGAGGUGUGGGUUGAGUUUGAGGAUGCCGUGUUGCAGUGGUGUCGCCGGGUUCGCGAGGAGAUCUCUGCAGAGUGGUUGCAGGAGCGGCAGGAAGAGGAAGAAAAGAGAAAGAAGAAAGAGCAAGAAGCUAAUUUUGCUUCAUAA